CUCCAGAAUCGUGGACGAUCACGUAUAUAAGGCGACGUGUUACGAGGGUUGAGCAUCAGUCACCAGUCAGCUGAAGAUAGAUACGAGAAUCAACAUGAAAUACUUGGUCGUCCUUGUAAUCGCUUUGGCUGUUGCCUCAGCCAACCCCGAGCGUGAACGUCGUUCUUUAGCCUUGGGACUCCCCGGAUCAGUGCUAUUGGGUGGAGCGUUACCUGGACUGGCCAUAGCUGCACCAUUGGCUCCUUCAGCUGCGAUUCUUGGGCCUGCUGCCCUACCAGCGGCUGUAGUUGGGCCUGCUGCUGGUGCUGCCGCGAUCGUUGGACCAUCUGCUGGUGCUACCGCAGUGGUUGGACCCUCUGCAGGUGCUGCCGCAGUUUUGGGACCAGCCGCUGCACCCGCUGCGGUUCUUGGGCCCGCUGUUGGUUCUGCUGCUCUCCUCGGACCGUCUGCCGGUGCCGCGCUGAUCUCUGGUCCUUCGGGAACUGUGUUGGCGUCAGGACACUAGUAGAAAGUCAAUCGCAACCCCUGGACUCCGUCUCAGAAGCAAACGACAACACGAACGAUCUCUCUCGUGAAUCUGCAAGCGGCUACUCGUCAAUCUCCAUUCGUGGGACUUCGAUCAAAGCUCAACGUCGUUUCGACCAAGAAACACCUCCCGAAAAUGACAGUCUUCUUUCUUUUAUCUCAGUCCAAUGAAAAAGAAGGAAGAAACACGGACAAGCGUCAAAGCGUCCGAGUUUCCACACGAAUUUCUUCCCCUUUGUACUCGUUGCACCCUCGAUACGCUUUUUUUCUAAGUUAAUAAACGAAGCUAUAUUGUA